GAAGGAAAUAGAGGAAGAGGUAGAGAAGGACUUGAAGGGUUGAUAGAACCUGAACAAAGAAGACGAGGACCAAAUUUGACUCGAGAAAUCCGUGCAACACUUAUUGACCAUGUUAUCAACCAUGGACUGACACUGAUGGAAGCUGGACAAAGAGUUCAACCAAAUCUCAGCAGAAAUACUGUUGCGUCAGUAAUUCGGACAUUUCAUCGAGAAAACAGGAUUGAGGGUAGAGGACACCAAGGUGGAAGGGGCCCUAUGUUCACUCGUGCACAAGAGGCUGCCAUUGUGAACAUGGUUUUGGCCAAUAAUUGUAUCAGGCUGCGAGAAAUCCAAGCCAAUAUCAUCAAUGAUGACAAUAUUUUCAGUAACAUUCAACGAGUCUCUCUGUCAACAUUAGGUCGAAUCCUAAAGAAAAAUCAAAUAUACAUGAAGCAACUGUAUCGGGUACCAUUUGACAGAAAUUCAGAGAGAGUGAAACAUCUGCGCAAUGAGUAUGUGGAGAGAGUCUUGCAAAUGGAUGCAGCAGAAAUUCAACAUGAAUUUAUAUAUGUGGAUGAGGCUGGAUUUAACCUUGCGAAAACAAGAAGAAGAGGGAGAAAUGUAAUUGGACACAGGGCAAUCACCAAUGUGCCAGGGCAGCGAGGGGGUAACAUCACCAUUUGCGCUGCUAUCACACAAAAUGGGGUCCUCCACCACCAUGCAAAUCUGGGACCCUAUAAUGCAAAUCUAAUUCUUGCAUUUCUUGACCGAUUGCAUGAGAUUGUCACAGCAUUACACCAAGUGGACCAUAUGCGGUACAUUGUCGUUUGGGACAAUGUCUCAUUCCAUCGGGCUGCUCUGGUCCAGAAUUGGUUCCAUGAUCACCCUGAUUUUGAAGUCUUAUACCUUCCCCCAUACUCCCCCUUCCUGAAUCCUAUAGAAGAGUUUUUUUCAGCGUGGCGGUGGAAGGUAUACGACCUGCGGCCCUAUGACCGUUGCCCCUCAUUCAGGCCAUGGAGCAGGCCUGUGAUCUUAUUGAAGCAGCUUCUGUGCAGGGGUGGAUUCGUCACACAAGGCGAUUCUUCCAACGGUGCCUUGCCAAUGAAGACAUAG